AAAACGUACCAAGAUAGUUCGUACCAAAAAGCAAUAAAAUCAAACAUAAGCAUCGUUCAUGGUAUGACCUGGAAAAUGAGGAUCCUGAAUACCUUCCUGACACUAACGCUUUUACUGGAUCCUGUGGCUAUGUCACGAACUAGACACACACACACACACACAUCUGUGAUUGAUGCAGGAUAGUGAUCCAUACAACUGUUGCUGUGGGGAAAUUUGGCAGAGCUCCGAAUAGAUAUCUUUGAUCAGGCGUUAAGUAUGUUAAGUAUUGAAAAAAACUGUUUCUCGCAAGCAUUCUAAUAGAAUGUCUUAUAGAAAGGGCAAUGAGCAAUCGAUUUUGCCCUGUUUGUGAAAAGUAUACUAACUUUCAGCUUUCGAUCAAUUGAAGUCCAUUUGUAUGCAAUAGUUUCCUGCUCUUUAUGAGGAUGCAUACUUACAGCUAAACUUGUGAUAAGAAUUUGAUAAAAAAAAAACACAAUUUGUUGAAAUAUUAUAAAUUAUUGCAUUAUUGGGUACGUGAUAAACUUGACCGUGUUGUUUGUUUUAUUUUCAAUAAUAUUUUUAUUUUUUCACAAACAACGGCCAGAAUAUAUAAUAAUUUGCAAAGUGUGCAUUACCGGCCUCAUUAUAAAACAAUUUAAUAUGGCUGCUCAGUUAUUGAUGGUAUAAAUGCCAGAGCCAGCCAAUGGAAACCCUCACAAAAACUAAGCAAGUAAAUCUAAAGUUGUGCAGAUCAAUCAUACGACAUUUACUACCAACCAUGAUCAUCACUCGCGUGAUCUGGUGGAUCGUGUUAACGUGGCUCAAACUUGGGAUGCACUUGUGCUAUGGACAGUGUGUUGGCAGCAUAUUCUAUAGUACUUGUUCCAUCCCUAUCGUAAAUAUGACUACAGACGGAGGUGCCAGGCUACGGAAGGCAUUUGAAGCAGCUCAACAAGUGCGCAUCGGGAAGAUGAUCGUGUCCAUCAGUCCUUCGGGACCGUUUCUCCAACGGUUUACCAGCUUUGUAGAUAGCGUAUCAUAUUUAAACUACCGAGAAGCCACCUUUCAAGUACCGGACGGUAACACUAUCAGUGAAUUUACCAUUUGGUCUGCUCCAGAGAUGCGUGCUUUUAUAGCCGGAUCGAAUACGCACAUUGAGUCCUUGGAAAUUUCCCAAUGUUUAUUGGAUCGUAUGCCGCAGACGCUUCCCAAAAUGACGAAAAUGAAAAAUCUUUCCAUAAGACAAUGUAAGUUAACAGUAGUCCGGCUGGAUAUGUUCGCAGACAAUCAGAUCCUGAAAAUCCUGGAUCUAUCCUACAAUCAAAUACGACAACUGCUCCCAGCCACCGAAAGGCCUGCGAGGAUGUUAAGUAUUGAAACACUGGUACUUUCAGGCAAUCUACUACAACAUCUUGAUAUGACUGAUUUCAAAUCCAUGUCUCAAUUAUUGAAACUUCAUGUUGGGGGAAAUUUGAUUGUUAGUUUAAAUGCAUUGUUACCCAUUACAAUGAAAAAUCUUAUCGAUUUUUGGCUGGAAGCUAACAAAAUUACAGCACUUGAUCUAAGAAAUUUAACACUGCCCAAACUUGAAUCCCUCGGUUUGGAUGGAAACGCUCUUACACGGUUGCCAUUCCUUCCUAGAUCACUACCUAAAUUGAACUCCUUAUCACUAAUGUCCAACAAUCUAACCCAGUUGGAUUUGAGCUAUUUCCGACCAUAUCCAAAUCUGAACAAAAUUGAUAUUUCGUACAAUCAAAUCACCUCCGUACGCACCUCCUCCCCUGUACGGCUAUCUGUUAGCACCCUUGAUUUACGUUAUAACCAGAUCACCACAUUCAACUUGACUGGAUGCGAUACGCCUAACAUAACCUUGCUGCUUCUCGGUCAAAAUCGCCUUACGGUAUUCCCUCCUGUUUAUGAAAAGUAUCCAAACAUUCGCCUUUCAAUUAACUGGAAUUUUCUUUUUUGCGACACUUUGCUGUAUUAUAAGGAAAAAAUUCAAAAAUACGACCUUAUGGUAGAACCCGAACCUGAUUCACCUACCUGUGGUAAAACAUACUCUUUGCAAGUAAAACAAAUACAGGAAUGUUGUGGCAAGUGAUACACGAUAAGGCUGUUAUCGAGGCUUCUGUUCUAUCGACAUGUUACAAACGGGCAAUAAAAUGUUAUCUUUCAUGCAAAUUAAAUUAAACAUUUUUAAGAUUUUAGCUACUGUUCACUUUAUAAGAACUAAGAAUACAUUAUUUUGUGAUGCAUUGUAGCUUUCUUAGGGUCACGCUUUAAUUUAUAGACAUAAAUCCGAUUCAUUUUUCAAG